ACUUCAAGUAUAUAAGUUGGACACAUGCAUGAUGCACCUAAUUAAUUUAUAGUUCCCAUAAUCAGUUAGCUCAUUUCUUUCACAGCAUGGAAAAGUUGCUUCUUCUUUCUCUUCUGUUUUCUUUGGCAACUAUCACAUGUUCAGCAACUACCUACAUUGUGGGAGAUAACUCUGGCUGGGACAUUAGCUCUAAUCUAGAAACAUGGGUUGCUGAUAAGAAUUUCAAGAUAGUUUUUCAAUAUUCAUCGACAUACAGCGUCGAUGAGGUUACGAAACAAAACUUUGACACAUGCAACACAACAAAAGUGUUGGCAAAUUACGGAAAUGGAAACACGACGGUGCCAUUGACAAGAGCCGGAGACAGGUAUUUUGUAUGUGGAAACAAACUGUAUUGCCUUGGUGGGAUGAAACUUCAUGUUCAUGUAGAAGAUGACGGCAAAUCCAUUUCGCCAAAUCUAGCACCGAAAGCAGUAGCUGGAUCAGAUCAAAGGACUGCUACACUUCCCGAGUCUCCUUCAACAAAGAGCACACAAUUUUCAAAGGGAGUUGUAAAUUUUGCACAGAUAGUUUAUAUUACUCUUGUGGUAACUUUUUAUGGGAUACUACAGAUUUGAGCAUCGAAGAAUGGUUACAGAAACUGUUAUAAGUUCAUGUUUUGAGUAUGUAUGAGUAUAUUAUUUUGUGAUGUUAAUUAAGAUUUUUUUUUACAGUUUUGCUUGGUUUGUAAAACUCAUGAAACAUACACUGUACAUGAUUUGUUGAACAUGAUUAAAUGACAGGCUCAUUCAUAUUGCUUAUGCGUAA